CACCGAGGAAGACGUGUAAUCUCGUCUAUGUUUAAUUUUAAAUGGAAUUCGCCUGUACUUUAUUUGAAGGUCUGGAGGACACCUGUCCACCCCGAGAAGCAGCGGAGGAUGAUGAGAUGGAUGGAGUGAAAGUAGAAGCAGAGCAAACAGAAGAGGUUCAAGGAGAGGGAACUGUUCCAGACAUGGAGACGCCAUCUACAACAGAAGAACCUGCACUAAAACAAAAAAGCCGUCAGUCAAAAUGCCGUCACUGCUGUUCAGUGUGUGGCAGGGAGUUUUCCCGUCCAUCUCGGCUGGCGGACCACAUGUUCAUGCACUCGGGUGACAAACCAUACAGCUGCUCUGUGUGUGGGAAGCGCUUCACAAAGAAGAUAAACAUGACAGUGCAUCAGCGGGUACACACUGGUGAGAAGCCAUACUCCUGCCCAGACUGUGGGGUCAGCUAUGCCCAGUUGGGCUGCCUUCGGAGGCACCGGCUCCAGCACGCCGCCGAGAAGCCCCACCACUGCUCAGUUUGUGGUCGAGGAUUCAUUCAGCGGCGCUAUCUCAUCCAGCACGAACGGACGCACACUGGGGAGAGGCCAUUCUCCUGCUCCCUCUGCCCCAAACGGUUCGCCUCCAGAUCGGGACUCACCGAUCACCAGAAAACUCAUAAAGAGGAGAACCUGUACUCCUGCUCCAUCUGUGAGAAGGUCUUCUCCACGCCAUCCUCCUUCAGGGAUCAUGUCAGGCUCCACACGGGACAGAAACCACACCCCUGCUCACUGUGCUGCAAGAGCUUCAACCGGCCAGGUCUGCUGAGAAAACAUCUGGAGAAACAUGCAGAGGAGCAACAUGUGGUUAAAACUGAAGAUGCUGGAAAUGGGCAGGAGGAAACACCUCACGCCUGCCCCCUGUGCCACAAAUGUUUCUCCACCGCUGAGAAGCUGCAGCAGCACAGCCAGCUCCACCAGAGGGCACUGCGAUUUGUGUGCGAUAUCUGUGGCCGAGGCUUCACCAGAGCAUCCCGGCUGAGGGAGCACACGAGGUCUCACACUGGAGAGAGGCCGUUUCAGUGCGACGUCUGCAAGAAAAGGUUCUCUGUGCAGGGAGUGUUGAGGAAACACCGGGAGAUCCACCGCCGGGGGAAGCACAGCCUCACCAUGACGCCGGACGACGACUCUGCACAGGAAGCAGACUGCAACACAUCGCUGGGGAGUGAUGGUGUGAACAGGCUGCAGGAGCUGAGGGUCGAGUACAAAAGCACUAACGAAGGAGAGGAAGUGGGCCAUUCGCUGCCUGACCGGGGCCCCACUGGUCUGAAGAAGCUUCUCAUCUGCUCUGUCUGUGGGCAGAGCUACCCGAGCCGGUCCAGACUCAGGGAGCACUGUAAGAUCCACACGACUGAGAAGCAGCGCAACUGCUCAGUGUGUGGGAAAACCUUCACCUCCGCCUCAGGCCUGAGAGCGCACCAGAAAGUCCACCUGGCUGACAGACCUCACCCCUGCAGCAUCUGUCCCAAGAGCUUCCUGAAGCCCUGCCUGCUCCGCAAACACAUGAGGACCCACAUCAGGGACGGACUCCUCGCCACUCCUGCCGACAAGGAGUUCUGGCUCAAUGAGAAAACUUUGGAUGACAAGGGAGAGGAGGUGGUUGUGAAGAGGGAGGAGGAGGAAGGUCUGGAUGAACAGGACUCCCAGGACCUUCCCACCUCCACCCUUAAACCCAGACCUCUGCCUGAUAACCAUGGCAAGAGAGAGAGAAACGAAGGAGAUGUCAGCGGUUUGAUCAACUCUGAUGGGGAGGAGGAGGACUGGAGACCGGCGCUCAUUGCCCCUGUGAGAGACGCAGGCGGCGGCUCACAGCUUUCAGCAGACAGCGGUGGCGAUGGUAAGAGCAAACACUGCUGUCCAGUGUGCGGCCGUGACUGCUUCAAAGCGUCAGCUCUGCAGAAACACCUGCGGAUCCACUCGGGUGAACGCCCUUUCCAGUGUCCCACCUGCAGGAAGAGCUUCACCCAACAGGUCCACAUGACAGAGCACCAGAGGAUCCACACCGGAGAGAAGCCCUACACCUGCACCGACUGUGGCAAGAGCUUCACCUUCUCCAGACCAGCGCUGACACACUCUGGAGUCCGCUUCCGGUGUCCGCUCUGCAGCAAGAGCUUCAGCCGCGCCCUGGAGCUCACCUAUCACGUCGACACGCACUCAGACGCUCAGCCGUACUUCUGCAGCAUCUGCAAGAAGAACCUGAGCGGAGCCAGGAUCUUCCGCAACCACAUGAAGAAACACGAGACAGCGAACUCACCACUGCCACGAGCAGGACCGCAGGAAGCCGAGACACCCUCAGAGUGUCCUUAA